AUGGGAUGCCUCAGCCACCGUAGGAAGGUCGCCGAGCAGCGUGCCGAACAGAAAUGGGACUACAUUAACCUCAACGACUUCACUUCGCGCGGCUGUCUCACCCCCUUCGCCUACUUUUACCUCUGGCUCAUGUUGGUCAUUUCAAUGGCCGUCUACGGCGUCGACAUGUUUACUGCCGUCAACCUGCUGGCCUUCGACCGUUGGUCUUCCGAGAUCGACCCCGCCAUCGAUUUCAAAAUCUCAAAAUGGAUCUUCUCCAUCUCCAUCAUCGCAUCCUUCAUCAACAUUGCUUUUGAGCAAUUCAGGGCCAUGCGCGUCAUGAAGCGCGGGAAUGUAGCUGAAUGCUACCUCGACAACAUUGCUGUCCGUCUCGAGAGUACACGGAUGGGCAAGGGCCAGGGCUGGAAGCGCUUCUUGGUCUUUGCCGAGCUCACCAAGAGCAAGAAGGGAGCCGAGUAUAUCGCCCUCUUCACCUACUUCAGCUUCCAAUCUUGGAUCCGUGUUUUCGUCUGUUCUGGCCCCCGUCAAGUCGUCAAUGCCUUGACGCUCAAGUCGGUCUACGAUGCCAAGCUUGCAGUUCAUGAAGCAUCCGUCGAGGGAUCCCUGCUGGGCUUCUUUGAUAAGAUCAGGACGCUCGCCACCGAGGACUAUCAGCAGGCCCUCAUCCUGUCCGGCAUGCUCUUCACCCUCGUCAUCUGGGUCUUCUCCGUCCUCUAUCUCAUAUUGGCCGUCCUCUUCUACGUCUUCUUCCUGUUCCACUGGAUCCCCAAGGCCGACGGCGGCCUCUCGGGUUACUGUGAGCGCAAGGUCACUAAAGCCCUCAUGAAGAUCGUGACCGCCAAGGUCAACAAGGCCCUGGCGAAACAGGAAGAAACCAAGCGGAAACUUGAACUCAAGGCGGCCAAGAAGAAUGGCGAGAAGCUGCCUCUGGAACGCCAGGCUACUCUGCCCACGCUUCCCAACGUGGGAGACCCGGAUAAGCUUGCCGAGAUGCCCAUGUAUGGCCGCAACGACACUUUCGCGACGCUCCCCGCCUACGAGUCUCGACCCGGUACUCCUGGUAGUAUCGAGCUCAACUCGAUGGACCAGAAGCGUCCCUUGCCUUCGAGAAUGGGUACCACAGCCUCCAACGCCAGUUAUUCCUCUCGUGCGCCGUUGGUCGCUGGUGCGGCCGACUUUGGCUACCAGCGAUCUGCCUCGCCCGUUCCAUCGCUCCCGCCGAUGGAUUUGAAUAACUACCCGCCCGCUCGGCCUGGUACAUCCAACUCUCAACGGAGCUUCCGGCCUCAAAUGUCGCAUAUGCAUACCAACUCACAAGGCUCAUUACGAGGGGGCUUCUCCGAGAGCCCCGCUGCAUACUCCCGAGACGCUUUGCCCCCUUUCCCUCCUCCUGCCAGGUCUGCCACUGGCCAGACGAUGGACGGCUACGGCCUGCAAAGGCAGAACACCUACCAGACUGACCGGUCCACGCCGGCACCUAGGGGCACCUAUGACGACUACUCGAGCCAGCCUAACGGCCGAGCCAGCCCCGCACCUUCGGUCUACUCGACUCGUACCGGCGCUCCCCCGCCGCGUGGUCCUGGCCCGCUCAACAACGCGCCCCUCCAAGCGUACCAGCCAUACGCUCCGAUGCGAAGCGCGACCGGCCCCGUUCCUCCCCGAGGCCCGCCGAAUGCACCUGUGCGGAACAUGACGGCGCCUGUGCCUCCUCGUCCGCAGGAAGACUACAUCGCCCGUCCGGGCACGUCGCAAAGCCAAAGACCCGCCCCGCGCGGUCAGGGCUAUGGCUACAACAACGAUAUUGAAUCCCAAAGAAACCAGCGUUACUAG